CACACACACACACACACAGACCCAUAAAAAUCACAAGGCCGAGUGCAAGGAGCACGUUUCUCUCUUUCCCAGCUCAUACAGUGCACAGAGCUGCAGUUUCAGAGGAAGAAGGCCGGGCCAAGAAUAUUUGAAUAAUGAGUCAUCGUUCUCGAGCCUCCAGGGUGAGAAAGCAUGUCCACUGUGACUCCUGCUACAGCCGGCGCUGCAGGACUCGGGUGGAGGUCUCUGUGUGCUGUGUGCUCAUCCCCUGCCCUCUUCUCUGUGGAGCUCUCUUCCACCUGUGCAAGGAGGAGGAUCACCUGCUGCUCUGCCCCAACGUGAGGGUGCCCUGCCUCAAUGCCGAGUACGGCUGCCCCCUCCACCUGCCACGCUCUGCGCAGGCUGCUCACCUCCAAGCGUGUCCGGCCAGCGUGGUGUGUUGCUCCAUGGAGUGGAACCGCUGGCCGGCCAACGAUGCCCACUCUCACCCGAACACGGACCUGCAUGAGAAUCUGCUCAGAGAGAGGGAGGAGGGAGGAUGCCUGGACCUGGCCAUGGCCCUCAAAGACCAGGACCGUCUGUUUCACUGCAUAAAGAUGAAGAAUCUUUUCCCCGAGCUGACCCAGAGCGUGGCGGAGGAGGAGAGAGAGGAAGAGAGGAGGAGGAAGAAGAAGAAGAAGAAGGAAAAGCAGGCCGUCAUGGAGAAGGAGGCAGAUCCAAAAGAAGACAGCAAUCACACCUGGGAAACGUUUAACAUGUUCAACAUCCACAAAUCUGUUGAAAAUGGGCCCGAGGAUGAAGAUGAGGAUGAGGUUGAAUAUGUGCGUGAGCUAACUCAGGAGGAGAGAGACGCUCUUGCCAGAGGAUCAGGAGUGGAUGCUGACCUCUUAGAAAACUAUAACGCCUGGGAGCGCAUGUUCAGUAUGGAGAUGGGAGGCUGCAGAGAAGCUGGAGGGGCGUCUGCAGCAGGCAGGGGACAGGGACUCAGUAAAGGGACGGAGAAAGGCCUGGACACUCUUACUGAGGAAGAGCCCGACAUGGGUGCAACAGCAUCAAACGCCGCCGCUCCUUCCACAUCCUCCUCCUCUCUGGCUGGAAAUUUGAGGAAGAAGAAAUUUGUGUAUGGACACGUGGAGCCGAUGAAGAUCAUCACCGUGCGGACUUUUAAAGUCCCAACCAGCUUCUCUGCAAAGCAGGGCCGCAUCCGAAACCCUGGUUUCUACAAGAGGGAGAGCGAAGCUGUGGACACCAGCGACCUCGGGGUGCCGCUAGAGGACAUGCCCGUAUGGGAAGAAGUUCAGGCCACUCUGCUGUGCUCCCUGGAGAGGGAGCAGCGAGGUCACCUCAUUGCAGAGAGCAAAUGCACGGACGGCCUUUUGCAAGAUGAAGGAACACAGACUUACAACUUCCUGUCCGCUCCUUUCCGGAGGAACGCGUCACUGGCCGACCUGACCGCAGGAAAACCGCUGGAGCUGCACCUUCAGCUGCAGGUGGAGAGCGUCACCAGCCGACACCACAAGGCCACCUCCGCCUUCACCUUCCUCUGUGGACACUCCUUCCAGCGCAGAGAAUAUGGCAAACAUUAUAAGAACAUCCACGGUGACAUCCAGAUGGGUGUGAACGGAUGGUUCGAGCAGAGAUGCCCCUUGGCGUACCUGGGAUGCACCUACAGCCAGAGGAGGUUUCAGCCGUCCACACACGAGGCCUUCGUCAAGUACAAUGAGGAUCUGGGUUGCUUCAGCCUGCACCCAGUCAUCCCCACCUCUCUGAACAACGCCUGCCAGCCGACCGGGAGCGCGGCGGCCUCCUCCGCCACCCACAGAAGGGGAGGAAGCAGAACAGGAGCAGGGGAGGACUCUCUGAGCUCGCUGCCCUACGAGGUGCUGUGCCACAUGGCCAGUUUCCUGGACGGCCUGUCCCUGUCUCAGCUGGCUCUGGUGUCCCGGCUCAUGAGGCAGGUGUGCUCGUCUCUGCUGCAGGAGAGAGGGAUGGUCAGCCUCCGGUGGGAGAGGAAGACCGACUCUUACGGAGCAGCAAAGUGGAGGGUGAAGCAGAAGGUGUGGCAGUUUAGCACUUUGUUCUCGCCUGUGGACGCUUGGCGCUUCCAAGACGUAGCGUCCAUGUCUGAGCAUCUAAAGGCGUGUCCGUACUACGAGAUAGAGGCCAAGACGGAGAAGAUUCGCCUGCCACGCAUGCGAGAGCAAAUACAAACCAGCACCAGCUGCAAAGCUCCCACUCUGGUCAACUUGUUCCACCAGAAGAGGAUCAUGAUGUAGAAAACCUUAUUUUAUUGCUCUUCUCAUAUACAGUUAGUGUUGACUUUAAUGCUGCCACACUUUGCAACAACUUUGAUGAAGUCAUUAUCGUAGUCUUACGGGUCUUUAGCUUUAUGAGAAAAAAUUGCUGUUAGUAAUUGUGUCAGAAAUAAACAAAGAAAUAAACUGAAAA